UGCUAUUGUGGGCACGAUGGCCAAGCGGACGUGCGGGUCGCCGACCCGAUGGCACGACACGCCGGUCGUCAUGGACGUCGUGCGCUGCAUGGCCUCGGCGCUCGAGGUCCUCGCCUUCUUGGAUGCGCUCCCAACGCUCUCCGCGCCGCUGGCUGCGCUUCGGCGGCUGCUGCUCCAGGACCAGCGCCAGUGGCCCACACUGGCACUCGAUGCGCUCCCGGACAACUGCAUCGAUCUUGCUCUCGCCACCUUGGCAACGCUCACGCAAGUGCAAUACGCUGGAUCGAAGCCUCUCGACUUGGCGCGGUGGCCGCUGGCGCUGCCGCAGUCGGUCCACCUCGAGCUCUACGUCCAUGACGCCGACUCCUCUCUCGUCCUCGAUCAAUGGGCCCCGAACGUCACGACGCUUCACAUCCAUGGCAGUGCCGUCAAGAAUCCCAUCGACGUCGCACGAGUGUGCUCUGCCUUGAAGCGAUGUAGCAACUUGUCCCGCGUCGUCGCGAAGAAGAUGGUUUUGCCCGACGUCGUUGGCGCCAUCGUCUCAGCCGCGCUCCGCGUACGCAGUCUCGCCAUCCACACAGCGAGCUCCAGCGACACGGUGGCGCACGGCCCAGUGGUCGAUUGGCUGCGAUCACCAACUGCGACGACGCUGUGUUUGUCUUGCGGCACAACCGACGACGACGCCGUCCUACGCGCGCUGGCCGCGUCGCCGGCCCUCAAGCAUCUUGCGUUGAGCUGCCGAUCAUCGCUGGGACGCGCGCUCUCGACUGCACCCCGCGGCGCGAGCAAGCGACUGCUACAAUUGCAGCUCACGUCGCUCGAGCUGCAAGGUAUCAUGCCAACCACCAACGUGGCAUCGCUCCUUGGCCACGUGAACACGAGUACGAUCCGGAAGAUCGUUUUAGCAUGUCAUACGCCGCGGGAUCUCACGGACGUAUGGCUGCGACUGCACGCGUUUCCAGAGCUGGAAGAGAUUGCAUUGCGCCGGUGUCAGCUGCGCCCACCGACGCGCGCGCUGCAAACCAAUUUUCGGCUUCGGCGCGUGAGCUUGGAUUUCACCGUGAUCCCUCUGGAGCUGCUCGGACGCCUUCUGAGCUGGCUGGCAGCCGCCCGCUGUCUGCAGGCGCUUGUGUGGACCAACAGCGCACUGAGCGCGACCGCCGCAAGGAUGAUUGCCAACGCUCUGCCACAUUUGAGGCAACGCGGCCUCGUCCAUCUAGACCUGUCGUCCAAUUUGUUUGACGACGGGGCGGCGGCGCUGCUUCUCACCCGCCUCGGCGACGCAUGCACGAGUGAGACGCGGCCACUGACGAUACAUCUCGGUGGCAUGGCCCUCGACCGCGACCAGCUUUUCCAGACGCUCCAGACGCACCAUCGCGUAACGCUGUGUAUGUAAGGUACUCUCACAACAAACGCGUCAACUUGUGUUACAUCGAUGCAAUGCAAGCAUGAAAGCCU